AUGUCUACAAACGAAGCGGGAGGAGCAGAACCGAACGGCAAAGAGUUCAUUAAUACCCAAGCCGGUGAGACGGACGGUGGUGAUAAUGCGCAGGGUUCUGAAGGUGCCGAAACGGGAUUGAGCGUUGAUGAUAUUCUACUCCCACGAAGUGUUAUUAUGCGGCUAGCAAAGGACAUGCUGCCACCCGGGACCGGUGUUCAGCGAGACGCGGUCACGGCCAUAUUAAAAGCUGCAACAGUAUUUGUUUCGUACAUAUCUUCACAUGCAAACGACAUGACAGACAAGAAGACGUUAACACCGCAGGACGUGCUUGCGGCACUGACAGAAGUAGAACUCGGUGACUUUCGACCACACUUAGAGAAACAGUUAAAGGCCUACACGGCCAUUAUGGAUAGCAAACGCGAAUCCAAGAAGAAAGGGAAGUCAGGCAAGGACGGCAGCGGCGGACAGGAUGACCCGCCAGGGAGUAAACGGCUCAAGCGGGACAACAAGGAGCAGGAGACGGCGGCGGGAUCUGGAAAUGGUACCUCUUCUACUCGCGGUGCAACACGGGAUACAGGUAGUAGGAAGAACCAACGGGAGACUCUACAUGGUGCCGACGGGGGCAGACCCGACGACGAGGACGACGACGACACGGAGGCAAUGGAGGACACCAACUUGAGCAACGAGGAAGAAGACGAGGAAGAGGAACCGGGCGAAGAAGAGACAGAGUCGCAUGGAGAGCAGGAAGAUGAUAUGGAUAGGAUAGAGGACAGCGACACGCAGAGAAGAGCAGCAGCAGCCGACUCUGGCGACAGUGACAGCGAUUGA